CCCGCUCCCGGCGCCCCAGCGCGGCACCCGUGCCCAGGCCCGCCGGCGCCAGGUCGUCUUCUGAAUUUUGUGUCCGAAGGUACCCUCUUGCUUUCUCAACAAAUCAUGGACAUCAUUGGCUUUCUGAAGUCUCAAUUCAUUUGCCACCUUCUGAUCUGCUACAUAUUUAUAGUGUCAGGACUGAUCAUUAACUUCAUUCAACUCUUCACACUUAUACUUUGGCCAAUCAACAAACAACUGUUCAGGAGGAUCAACUGCAGGCUGGCUUACUGCAUUUCAAGCCAGAUGGUGAUGUUGCUGGAAUGGUGGUCAGGCACCGAUUGCACCCUAUACACUGAUCCAGAGAGUUACCACAAGUAUGGGAAGGAGAAUGCCAUUGUAAUCCUUAAUCACAACUUCGAAAUUGACUUUCUCUGUGGAUGGAACUUUUGUGAGAGAUUUGGGGUCCUGGGGAGUUCCAAAGUGCUUGCAAAGAAGGAGCUCUCCUACAUGCCUAUCAUUGGUUGGAUGUGGUAUUUCCUAGAGAUAGUCUUCUGCAAGCGCAAGUGGGAAGAAGAUCGGAAAACAGUCAUACAGAAGUUGCUGAAUCUCCGGGACUACCCUGAAAACUUUUGGUUCCUGAUUCAUUGCGAGGGCACAAGGUUCACAGAACAGAAGCACCAAAUUAGCAUGCAGGUAGCCGAAGCCAAAGGUCUGCCCAAGCUCAAGUAUCACCUACUGCCACGAACAAAAGGAUUUGCUGUCACCGUGCAGUGUUUGAGAAAUGUAGUUUCUGCAGUCUACGAUUCUACCCUGAAUUUUAGAAAUAAUGAAAAUCCAACAUUGCUGGGAGUUCUAAAUGGAAAAAAAUAUCAUGCAGAUUUGUAUGUAAGGCGGAUUCCACUAGAGGAGGUCCCAGAAGAUGAGCAGGAAUGUUCUACCUGGCUCCACAGACUAUAUCAAGAAAAGGAUGCAUUCCAGGAAGAAUAUUAUAGAACAGGAACCUACCCAGCAGUCCCUAUAGUACCACCCCAUCGACCAUGGACACUUUUGAACUGGCUUUUCUGGGCCUUAUUGCUGCUAUAUCCUUUGUUCAAACUGCUCAUCAACAUGAUCAACAGUGGAUCAUCACUGACACUGGCUAGUUUUGCAUUUGUCAUUAUAAUAGCUUCUGUUGGUGUCAGAUGGAUGAUCGGGGUUACAGAAAUUAACAAGGGCUCCACCUAUGGCAACAAUGAAAACAAGCAGAAAUGAAAGUAGGAUCUUCAGAGACUGCUUCAAUCCAAAGGGAACAAAUGCAACUGCUGAAAACUCUUAAGUGCAUAUCACAGUCCUUCAAGUGAGAUCAGAGGAGAGGUAGGAUGGGCAAUUGCCAUGCAUAUCCGAAUUUGUGCUCCUGUUGUUUUUCUCUGAGAGUUUGGGCUGAUGACACGCUUGAAAGAUGCACUCCAUAUCCUCUCCGCAACAGGUUUGCAUUUGUGUGGUUGGUUUGUUUUCCUAUGAAGUGUCUUAAGUUUUGAAGAAAAAAAAAUAAAUUCCGGCGUGCUUAUAUGAAGAGACUUUACCUGGAAACUAACCAGAGGUGCAGGCUUUAAUGUCAGGAGAUUGUUACAAGAUGAUUAAAAUUGAUAGUUGUGUAGAUCACACAGUUUAACAACCAUAAUCUGUCAGUGUUUAAAUACAGUACAGUAAGAUGCUGUGCUUGAUUAUACCAGUAUUGGACUGAAGCAGCUCAGUUGAACUGGUAGAACUGCAGUAUAGAGUUUUUGUACAUCUAGAACUUACUGCCUCAGUGUGACUAUGGGGCCCUUUAAAACUUCAGCCAGACCCUGGACAUCCAGACAUCAGAGCCUUGCAGUAGCAUAACCUGGAGCAAAAUUUGGCCUUGUGGCCUGAGCAGAGCUAAGUUAGCCACUGCCAUCUCUUUCCUGAGGCCAUACAUCUGAGGGAUAGCUGAAACCUGUAAUUCUUCUGAGAGUAAAUUCCAUUUAUGGUUUGGAAAAACUGACAUAAUAAAAUUCCCUUGGGCUUUAAACACUACUUAAAAUUCUAGGCCUUCCUAGCAAUGGUGGGAAGAAAAUAACUGGGCAUGGUGUAGUGAAACAAUGCGAAGUGUGCAUUAAAAUGUAUGCACCACACCCAUAAUGUAGUGAUCCUAAUUAAUCUGCGUGUCUGUCUUUUCUUAUAAAUUAGUUUACUUGGUGCCUCAUAGAAGCCUGUGGUAAUAGUUAAAUUAUCUUUUCUUUUGGGGAGAAGAGGGGAACUAGGACAAAGACCUAGGGCAGCAAUAUGGUUCAGGUUUUUUUAUAUCUGUCUGGACUUGAUUAGACCCCCUUCUGAAUUAAAUAAAACUAGAAUCAAGCUCCUCAGGAAAAUGGUGUUGCUCUGACCUUCCUGGUACUGAUUUCAGGGCAGAGGCCUCCUGUUUUUAAACUUUCAGAGUUAAAGGAUCUUCUUACUAAGAAGAACUUCAUAGAAUCACAGAAAACAAGAAAAAAACCCACAA